UCCAGCUUUUCGACACGUGAAAGUUCACAACAACUUUUCCACAGCUCACAACAGCUUUUACAAAAUCUGCAGGUCAACCAAACACAACCUAAGUUUCUAUCUAUAAGUUUUUUUUCCUAAUAGUGCAUGGUUGUUUCUUUUUCAUCCUUUUUUUUCUCGCUACUUGGAACGAGGCGCUGGUUUCUUUUGAGAUCGGGUGUGCGGAGCGAAGGGAGGACCGAACGAGGCGUGGACAGCUAACGAGAUAGAACCAUCACGACGACGACGUUCGAUUGCGGUUUAAUAGUAUAAAUAGAAGUUGGCAUGAUCUAUCACGAUACCAAACAAUCACAUACGCUACUUUCUGUUUUCUGUUUUCUUCGAAAACACCUUUUUUUAGGGAGGGAACACUAUGUUUUGCCGUUGGUGUCAUGGUGCAGAAGAAGAUUGUUACCGUUUCGAGAGAAGAAAAAAAAAGAUUGCUCAACUCCAAACCACUUCCCAAAUGACACUCACAGAAGAAGGGGCUCUCACUCCCUCUGCAUGGCUACAUGGGCACCGACCAUUUCUUAGCUCGUGUUCUCAACCUGUUCUAUUUUCAUGGCGCAUCUACCACCACAUAAAUAGUGCCCAGCUGAUAACGACGCGCUAUCGUUGGCCGUCAAAAUCUUUCUGGGCAAAACCGUCCAAUUAUUCUUCGUCCCCGUCAACCCCCUUUCCUCCAUAGCUUCCGCCCAAGCCGGAGUUCCCAUUUUUCCUCGCACAAUCGAUCAAUUGCGUGUUCUCAGUCGAGACCAGAUAGGCGCACGCAUCCGGCUGCAAAUGCCAAGGCACCCCAUGACGAUCGAGCAUGGCGGAGCCUACUUCUUCUUGAUCGAUCGCCAUUGUUGUUGACGCGACAAGCGGCGCGUUCCACGCCGAUGUGUUUGCUCUUCUCCCGGCUAGUAGUAUAUUGAGAGGGGGCCGAUCUGAUCUGAACUGGUUCGGCGAGAUGCACAAGCGUUCCAAAUCAUGCGAGCCGUCCAGGGACGAGCAGCGCGGCGGCGUCCAUGGGGCCACGGCCUCCGACGACUCGAUCACGGGCAAGGUGGCGUCGUCGUCCUCGGCGACGGCGCAGUGCUACGCGAUGACGGUGUACCUCGUCAGGAUCAACGGCGCCCAGCGCCUCGUCACCGCCGUCUGGAACAAGAGCAUCAUCAACCAGUCCUUCACCAUCACCAUCGACCGCCACGGCGACGGCGCCAGCAGCUGCGGCGGCGGCGACGACGGGACGCUCAGCCUCAAGGUGGAGCUGAAGCCGUGGCCAUUCUGGAGCAAGAAGGGCCUCAAGAGCUUCUUCCUCGAUGGCCACCGCCUGGACAUCUUCUGGGACCUCCGGUCGGCCAAGUUCCCGGCCAGCAGCCCGGAGCCGGCCAGCGGGUACUUCGUGGCGCUGGUGAGCCAGGAGCAGGUCGUGCUCACGCUCGGCGACCUCAAGAAGGACGCGUACAAGCGGAGCAAGUGCCGGCCGUCGCUGGAGGACGCCGUGCCGUUGUGCCGCCGGGAGAGCGUCUUCGGCCGGCGCAGUUUCGUGGCGCGGGCGUGGCUCAACGCCAGCAAGAAAGAUCAUGACAUUGUCAUCGAGGCCUCGCUGGCCGGGCCAAGGGAACCGGAAAUGGCGAUCACGGUGGACGGCCGCGCCCUGGUGCAGGUCAAGAACCUCCAGUGGAAGUUCCGGGGCAACGAGACGGUGCUCGUCAACCAGUCGCCGGUGCAGGUGCUCUGGGACGUGCACGACUGGAUCUUCGCCGGCCCGGGCUCGCAGGCGGUCUUCGCCUUCAAGCCAGGUGCUCCGCCGGAGGUCGACAGCGACGACGCUGCAGAGUUGGACAACGGGAGUGGCAUUCCCGCUGACCCGGCGGAUUACAGCUUCUUUCUUCAUGCAUGGAAGACGGACUGAGGCUGGGACAUUCAUCUUCUUCUUACUUUCAUGUACGGGCGAAAUUGAUUUGUUUACACGGAAAACUGAUAGCUUAUUCAAAAGGAACUUCAAACCA